GAGAGGAGCUUCGGAGUUCAAAGUAAAGGAAUAAAGAUUCUCAGGAGACUCCAGAGCUCUGUGUGGUUUAACUCUACCCUGCAGAGCUCUGUGCUUGCUUUGCACUGGCUUGGGUCACUGUGCAAUGCUGCCCUCUGAAAACCCCUCUGAAUGAUGCAGAACCAGCACAGAGCACGUGCUGGGACUUGCACCCCCUUUCUGUGUUGAGAUCAGUGUAUGUUUUGCAAGGCAAUGGUAGCAUUGGGCUUCCAAAAACGAUGUUCAGCAGAAGCUGCUCCUGACAGGAAUCUCGAAAGGAGAAGAUCUGGAGUAUCGCUGGCUGUUUGAGGAACAGGAGGCAUCGGUGCAAGGUAACCACUGGGGUGAGGACGCAGCCAGGCAUCAACCAGCUCUUCUUUGCGUGUGGUACCUCGGAAUGGAGAACAUCUGGUAUUGGCUUGAUGACUUCGAGUGGAUCGAGUAUGGGACAGAGCAUCCGUAUCAUUCAUCUGCCUCGGUAAAUUCUGCAGAUCUGGAGCAGGCUUUUCUAGCUGACCCUAAAGGCACUCUGUUAUUCUCAGCCGGUUCACAGAUAUAUGAGUUAAACUUUAAAGACAUGGUCCAAAGAAAUUUGGUCUCUGAAACUCGAAGAAAAGUUGUCCGAUUACCAAAAGCUCUGUCCCCUCCAUUUGGACACAACAUGAGCCAGGACACGAAUCUAUCAUUUUCUUCAUGCCCUCCAGAAUGGGACCAAUCAGCAGUGCCUGACAUUGGGUACAAGUUGGUAGAGCUCAGUUCCAGUUCCAGCGAAUAUGUAAAAAUUAAGAGGCUGUUUGAGAAAACAAUGAAACAUUACAACAUCUGUCGGCUACAGAGGGUCCAGAACCCAUCACUAUGGCAAGUUUUUCAGUGGCAAAAGGAGCAGAUGAAGAAGCUCAAUAAAUCAAAAUGUGUGGAUGAGCGGCUCCUGUUCCAUGGGACAAAUCCAUCCCUUUUGCCAGCCAUCUGUGAGCAGAAUUUUGACUGGAGGAUUUGUGGCGUUAAUGGGACGGCGUAUGGAAAAGGAAGCUACUUUGCCAGAGAUGCCCGUUAUGCUCAUGAUUACAGUUCCUCUAAGAGUGGUCGCUACAGCAUGUUUGUAGCUCAGGUUCUUGUUGGAGAAUUUGUUCAGGGACAAUCUGAGUACCUUCGUCCUCCACCCAGACCCAGCAGUCCCAACAGGCUUUACGACAGCUGCGUGGAUGAUCCAGAAGACCCUUCAAUUUUUGUCAUCUUUGAGAAGUACCAGAUUUACCCUGCCUAUAUUUUGGAGUACUGCAUUGAAUCUUCAUGUGUGAUUCUGUAGUGAAUGGCACUACACUAAUGGCAGUGAAUUUUCACUGAAACAAUAAUCAAUAGAUAUAUUUUUUUUUUCAUAUUUGUACAAGUUUAGAACUUGCUAAUGUCAAAAUUUCCUUUGAGAAGCUAGAGAACAUUUUGUCAUGCAGCAAACCAAUGUCAAUCCCCUGUGGGAUUUUGGGGCAUAGUUUUUGUUGGUCUGAAGAAAAGGAAACUGCACAGAGGAGAGGAUGGAUGCAAAAAUGCAGAGAGGAGUUUGGAAGAAAAGGAGUUUUCUGAAUGCGUAAAAAUUAUUUUUGACUGUGGGGGGAGUUCACAGAGCCUUCAGCAAUUAGGUGCCAGAUUCUUCAUUUAGAAGAUCAGGCAGGGGUCUGGUGGGUGCUGCUCUAAGGGUGCACUGCGAUGUGUGACUGCUGAGGUGUAGCUGUUUUUAACUUUGCGUGGGCUGGACUACCAGAUCUGAAGCAGAAGCACUCCUUGAGAAGCCCACGUUAUUUCAGGGUCACUGCACAAUCCUCAGUUCAUGUCACUGCUAGAUGGAACCGUCCCACCUCUGGGUGUGGGUUGCUGCUCUUCUCCCAGUGCUACUGCUGAUGACUGUACUAGGGUGGGCAGGAUCAGAUGUAGAGCAUUCAUCUACUUGAAAACUGACUUAGUCAAAAAGCCAACCAAACAACCCAACCCAACAACAACAACAACAACAACAAAAAAAACAAACAAACACAAUAAAGCACAGAACCAACAACUGCAAACCCAAAAUACCAGCGAGGACAGUUCCCAGCUUUGCUUGUGCCAACCCAAUAAAGAGGGGGUAGGCUGCACCGCAGUCUUUGGCAAAAGGUGAUACUGAACCUACAGCCCAAUCAGGGCUUUGAAUGGUAAAAUGUUGGGGAAUAUCUUAGUGAGUUGUUGAGACAUGAGAUCACUACUGAAAGUGAAAAGCAGCUUCAUCAGUGAGUACUUCUUCAUGGGGAUUUAGCUUGAUAUCAUAGAUCUGCUAAAAUGUCCCGUGAACCUGAACUUACUGCUACCUUGGGAGCACCUGUGCACCUCCCAGGUUCUGCAGCUGUGAACAAAAGCAUUCCUGAGCACCCUUUCAGGUGAGAAAUGCUUGCAAACAGGCAGCAACACGUGCCAUUGUCAGCAGGCACUGAGCAUGGAUCUGACAGAUACAUGAGCUUUUCUUUUUCCCCCAAGGGGAAAAAGUGUGAGUUCUCUACCCUGUCAAGAAUGGAUUAAAUAACUUCUGACUCAGACACAUGUGACUGACAGCUUCAGAGUCACUGAGGUGGUGGUGGAGAAGGUCCAACGGAGGAAUGCUGUGAGUAGCCAGGCUGCUUUCUGUGGAGCUCACUGCUCUCUGUGCCAGCCUGAGAGGUGCUGGGUGGGCAGGUGUUGGAGUGGGCUUGUCCCUGAGCAUCCACAGUGUGUGGAGCUCAUUCUAUUGACGGGUACAGAGGACACCUCCUCUCAGCAUGGGAUGAAAUGAUCAGUUGGAUCACGACUAAUGACUGCUGCACCUUUCCAAUACGUUGCCUGCUUUCAGGGUGCUGUUAAAGUGCUUUAUCUGUAUCUAAUGGGGAGGUUUAGGGAGCGCGGCAGCUGCAGAACACCCAAGGGAGAGGGCCAUGCUAAGAGGUCAGCCCCCUGCUCAGGAGUCCCCAGAUAGGAAAUUUUAGUGUUUAAAAAAAUAGAAAAAAAAUCCUAACACACACUCACAAAACACUCCCUCUGUGUGUGAAAGACGAAGCAGGGUAUUGGCAACUUCUCUUGUCAUUCCUUUAGCAAUUGUCUCGCAGGAACCAGCAGCAAUCUCAGAAGAAUCAAUUAUGUUUUGCACUUAAAUAAAUAAUGCAUUACUUCCACAUACUGAGACGUACCUAAUUUUCUCUUGCAAAGAUGUUAGCUCAAGCGGUCUUUUCAUCGUAAUUUAUUUCUAAUUGAUUUCCUGGUGGUGGUGCUCUAAGGUCUUUGUAGUGUAGUCCCUGGUUUUAAUGUUGUUGGUUACAUAGUCAUGCACCUGUUUCAGGCUUUCUAUUAAAUAACAUCUCAGCAAGUUUUCAGGCUUUCUUUUAAUUUACUCAUGCCAAGUUUGACUUUUCAGCAUUUUUUAAGAAUCCUUUUAACAACUUUGACAAAAUUUAUUACAGGCUGAUUAGACUGUACAAACCUAACGCUUGAUGGAAGGUGCUGAAUGGCAUGUUGUUUUUCAAAGCACUUAAACUCCUAAAAAUCAAACUGAACCCCAAAACCUGUAAGAAAACACAGAUAUUGUUCUUGUUGUAACGUGCUCAAUAAUUAAAUUUAUCAAAGCUGUUUCUGGACUGAGGCAA